GGACAGGUUUUCUUCGUCGUGCGAAAUGCCGGAGGAUGGCGCGGCCUCCUCGGCAAAAACAACGGAGGCAAAACAUCGCCGGGGAGGAUGCCGCCGGGCCCGUCAGUUACGUGACCCACGUCCGGAGGCUCACCAUUGCGUCAGAUCAGUGCCAGGGGAAAAAGCUUCCCAGACCGACGACGCUGCUGCAAUGGCACCUGAAUCGGGGGAUACCACUGCAUCCUGAUUGCGUAGCUGAAACAACAUCGAAUGACGAAAGGAAUGUCGAGUGUAUUCAAGACCACGUGUGGCGCUGCGAGGUGACACCAUGCCUCUGGGCCUCCAGUGUGACACUCCUGAAACCAUGAAGGGCAUCCUCAUUUUGAUCGCUAUGACAUUUGUUUUCGAGAAAUGUCGCUGUUUCCAAAGUGAGUGCAACGCAACCCUGCCCUGGAAUGUGUCGAAAGAAGACCACCCGGACAUACCACCAGAGCGCCUCGAGGAGCUUCUCCGGUGUCCCGAAGAGCUCCACGGCUGCAGUGCCUCGCGAGUCAAUUGUACAGAAGAGGUGUUCGCACUGACGUGCUCCUGCGCCGAGAACUGCGAACGCUAUGGCGACUGCUGUUGGGACGCCGGUGCCAGUCUUUCUUCUCCAACGGCGUCCACGUGCAUCGGAAGAAACGUUGAUAAGUAUUCUCGGAGAGAGUUUUACGUUGUGUCAGGUUGUGACCCCGAGUGGCCUGCCGACGACGUCCGCAGCUCCUGCGAGAACGCAACACAGCUCGGAGAUCCGUUUUACCUAAUUCCGGUCACCACAGAGCGACAACUGACUUACUUCAACGCGUUUUGCGCGCUCUGCAACUACGACUUGGACAACGCGUCCAUGUUUUGGAACGUCUCGGGAACUCCUGGGAGGAAUUUUGAAGUGGCUCCUCCCCAGUAUGCGUUAGACAACAUCGAGGUUUUCUUCUGGCCCUGUGACGACGGGCUCGUCGAAGUCGGGACCUGUCCGGAAGGCACGGACCAGGAGACUAAGCGCAAAUGUUUAACUUACUUCGCGCCAGUGCGAUACGAAACCAAUGAAACCGAAGUGGUGUACAAGAACGUGUAUUGUGGACUCUGCAACGGUGCCGAGCUUUCGUCGAUGAAGUGCUUGCCGAAACAAGUUGUACGCGAAAUUUGGCCCCGCGUACAACUAAGGACGCGGUUCCGGCCGAACCUGUUGUCGCUGAUAAGGCCAGUGGUGAGCCAAGGUUCUUGUUUCUCGUGGCAUAACGGGAAGUGCUACAUCAGGGCUCCCCAGUACCACUAUGCGAAUGUUUCGGCGCCAAUGGCAGAAAACGAAACUAUGGUCAACAUGACGAAUGUUACGAGCUCCAUGAACGAGCCUUACAACGUGCAAAACUAUCUCACUAUCAUCUGCAUCAGCCUGUCACUCGUGUGCCUGUUCUUAAAAGGCGUCGUUUACGUGUUCUACAGAACCUCGCGCACGUUUUCGUCUAGGUGCACGCUUUGCCUUUCGGGAACGCUGUUCUGCAGUCACUUGCUUUUCCUCCUGGGAAACAGCUUCGAUGUGUCCAAGUCGGUGUGCAUGGGUUUCGCCGUCGUCCUGCACUACGGCUUUCUCUCCACUUUCUUCUGGACGAGCGUGCUCUCUUUCGACAUCUGGAAAAACGUGGCAGCAGUGAGGCUGACGUCCAGCAGGCAUGGCGGUUUCCUUAUCUACGCUCUCGUCGCCUGGGGCGGACCGCUCGUCGUGAUCACGUUGUGCCUAGUGCUCAAUUGGACAGCGCCGGACUUUGUGCUCUCGCCUCAGUACGGGCGCUUCACUUGUUGGAUCGGAAGCCUUUGGAGCCAGCUCACGUUCUUUCUCAUGCCCAUGGUGAUAUUGCUCCUCCUAGACAUCGGCCUCUACGUCCACAUCGUCGUGGUGAUCAGGAACACCGCCAAGCGAGCCGCUGCCUUCGACUUCAAAGGAGGUGGCAACAAGUCCCACAUGGCGCUGUUUGUAAAGCUAGCAUUCAUCAUGGGGACGACGUGGCUUCUGGCAUUCGUCGGCGCGUUCGUCAACGUUCUCGCCCUCGACAUCAUUGUGAUCAUCUUGAUCGGCCUACAGGGAGUGUACCUAUUCUUCGGCUUCAAGGACUACGAGCAUCUGCUGCCGAGAAGAUUCAGAAGAAAACAAAGAACCGCCGCUACAGGCGCUUCAACGGCACACACCGAGCUAUCUUCAUCAGGAAAAGACUUCAGCUCGAGGGAAGACGUUAAUCGGUCUGCCGCUGUCAGGUCAUCUGAGAAACUGAACUGAUCGUGUGUUUGUGCAGUGUCCUUGUCUCCUUUUACCAACGACGUCGUGACUAACAUACAUCUCGACUUGUUGUGAGAACUUGUUUAACAACAACAACAACAAAAAAAAACGUGUCUGUUUACAUAACUAUGAUGACAAGAACAGUAUACCAAGGUGCGAGAUGUGUGCGCAUUUAUUUUUGUGCAGGAAGCGGAAGUGCUUGUUCAUGAACUGCAACCGCGGUGUAGUCAAAUGUAAUUCUGAAUGAGACUUGCAGUAGAGCUCUCGGAAGGCUCAGAUUUUAAACUCGAAACAGCGGAAUCCUUUAUUUUAUAGAAUGUGUAUACAUUAGAGCUUGCAAAUCAGGUUAAUACCUUGAUACCGGCCGCUUCUUUUUAUUAACUAUUUUCGCCGUAAAAAAAAGUGGAAGCGAAGACUCACAGAAAGUAUACCUUCCAGUGGCAUUAUCAUUGAUGAGUCGUUAAGGACUUCCAAAUGUCUUUGACAUUUGUAAGAACUAUUUUCUUUUAAUUUUGCACCUACCGAUCACUAAUAAAUGUUGGGGCUUUACGUUCCAACACCUACCUAUCACCUGCAUCGCUAAUAAUGGAUGUGUAUUCUGCGUUUAAGCGACAUGUUCUCGAGUCGGUUGAACAUCAAGGAAGAUGUGCAAGGACAUGUUGAGCGAGUUGGUGUUUACAUAAACACAUAACUACAGCGCAAAAAAAGG